GUGUGGGCGUCCCUCUCUGCUGGGGCUUGGCAAGGGCAUCCACCGGAUCUAAUUGGAAACUUCACGUCUCUAUCUCUAUUUACAAAGGAACUUUUGUUCCUUUUCUUUCAUCGCUCAACCUUGGGCAACAAAUCUUCCCCGAACAUCGGGAAGUCGGGCUCGAUACUGCUGAUGCUGUCAGUGGCCCUGAUAAACCCAACAAAGAAAAGAAAGAAGCGAGUGUGAAGAUGCCUUCUUGGAAUCAGAUUCAACAACAACUGAGACAUACAAAUAAUCCAGUUGUGUUCUUUGAUAUAACUGUAGGGCAGACUGAAAUUGGACGUAUGAUUAUGGAAUUAUAUGCAGAUGUGUGUCCCAAGACAAGUGAAAACUUUCGUCAGUUUUGCACAGGAGAAUAUCGCAAGGAUGGAGUGCCAAUGGGAUACAAGGGGGCCUGUUUCCAUCGUGUCAUCAAAGAUUUCAUGAUUCAAGGAGGUGACUUUGUUAGAGUAUGUUUUAUCCCAUAUUUAAUCAAAUAUAAUUUGUAAAUAUUUUCAUUUAUA